UUCUGGGCACGACAACGAAGAUUAGCAACACCAGUAUUUAAUCGAGCACUUCGUCCUGAAAUGGUUGGAGAAUGCACUAAGGACUUUAUAAUUUUGUUGAACAAAUGGACGGAUAUUCCGUUGGAUGUGUAUUUAUUAAUGCAACGUGUUACCAUUCAA